CCCAAAGAUGCUGCCACAAAGUCGAUCGGUGCUGCUCUUUUCGCUGCUACUUGUGCCAGCUUGUGCUUAUUAUGGCUACGGCUACAGGGACUUAAAUGAACCACCGCCCAUUUGCUCCGACUAUGAAAUGCUUAUUGUCAAUACGCGUCAGUGUGUACGUCGCUGUCAUAUUGUUUGUCUCCGUGGGAUUUGUUUUGAGAACGGCACGUGUCCUUGUGACCACCAAUACGCAUCUAGCAAAGCUGAUGGCGUUAUUUGCGCUACUGACUGCGUACCAGGCUGCAAGGAGGCCGGGGGCUACUGUGCUGGACCGGAAUUGUGCAUCUGUCGGUGGCACAAACAUUACUACUUUGAUGCAGUGUCUCGCCGGUGUCAGCACCGCUCUCCACGCCUAUUGGAUCUAUGUGGCGGUCGCUGCUUAAAUGGUCACUGCGACUACAAUGGAGCCUGCAUAUGCGCUUCCGGCUAUCAAUUGCAAUCCACGCUGUUGCAUGGCCAAAUGUGUAUGCCCAUUUGCGAACACAACUGCGGGCCGCGUGCGUUUUGUUUUUCACCAAAUAUGUGCGCUUGUCGCCAUAAACAUUCUCAUUAUACUUGGAAUGGUAUCUGUACAAAACAUUAA